CCCUCCAGUGAAGGUUCACACAAGUCAGAAGGUAUCUCUACUGUAUAGUCCUCCUGCAUGCCUCUCUGUUGUCUGAACAUGAAGAGCUCUGUGAUUGUCCUCAUCCUCUACUGUCAGGUGUAUGCAGAAGCCAAAGUUCUGCAUAUUGAUUUACAUAUUACUGGAUGCAGUGAUUCAGAUGGAGUGGAUAUGUAUGGACUGGAUGGUGAAGAGAUGUGGUAUGCAGACUUCAACAAAGGGAAGGGAGUGAUAUCACAGCCUCCAUUUGCAGAUCCAUUUAGCUACGUCCCUGGAACUUAUGAACAGGCUGUAGGUGCUCAGGGGGUAUGCAAAGGAAACCUGGCCACAUCUAUAAAAGCUAACAAGAACCCACCAGAGACAAUAGCCCCUCCUCACAGCAGCAUCUACCCCAGGGAUGAUGUGGAGCUGGGGGUGGAGAACACUCUCAUCUGCCACGUCAGUGGGUUCUACCCUGCACCUGUCAGAGUCAGGUGGACCAGGAACAAUCAGAAUGUGACAGAGGGAGUGCGUAUCAGCACUCCGUACCCCAACAGUGAUUUCACCCUCAACCAGUUCUCCAGUCUGAGCUUCACCCCAGAGGAGGGAGACAUCUAUGGCUGUACCGUGGAGCACAAGGGCCUUACUGAGCCCCUGACACGGAUUUGGGAACCUGAGGUGAGCCAGCCCAGUGUGGGUCCUGCAGUGUUCUGUGGAGUGGGUCUGACUCUGGGGCUGCUGGGAGUGGCUACCGGAACAUUCUUCCUCAUCAAAGGAAACCAGUGCAACUGAGACUACAGCUGUCAGAGCAUCAUGGCAAAUCUGUAUAAAUAUAGAGGACUUCGCUGUCAUUUAAAGUAUCUUUGUAUUGUUAAAACUGUGUAUAUACUGUAGAUGGCAAAGAGCGUUUUUAGCCUUUUUAGAAUGUGAGGUUAAACUGUGCAGCUAAUUUAGUUUAAGGAGGGGUUAUGUAUGUACCGUACAUGAAAUACACACGUGUACACACUGGAGAUGUAUCACUUGGCCCCUUCAAAGAUAGAGCAUAACGAUAGUCUUAUGUAGUAUACAUUUCAGCAGUCUAUGCUAAUUAUUAUUACUAUCAUUUUUUAAAAACUAAUAUAAUUAAAUUGACAUAAUUAUAUACAGUAUGAUAUAAUUACAUAUACUGUAAGUGCAAUCAGCCAACAGGGAUAAAACAAUUUAAAAAGUAGGGGAGGUGUUAUGUGGUUACUGUUGAUCCUCGGGAUCUCCGUAGGUCAUGUUGCGAAGACCCUAGCUAAAUAAAUCAUUUCUGAUUAUGCUAACUUGUUUGUCAGUCAUCACUAAUUACAGGCACCAUUGAGUGCUUAGGGUUAUGGUGUGUGUUACAAACUGCUGAAAGCCAAAGGACCCAACCUGGCCACCCUAAUGAAGAAGCCAGAGGGAGGUAAGAAGCUAUAGCUCCUCCUGCUAAGAAGAUUGAUUGGGGCAAGGGAUUAGCUCCCCCAAAUUGAUGUAUGCCUGGGGUACGAGUGUACCUCCAGCUUGAGUUAUAGUUGGUGUUUGUGUUUCAUUUUUCCCUUUGCAACCUUGUAUGUUUUUAUUAAAGCUUGCUUAUUAGCCCUUAAA